UUUUUUUUAGUGCUUUUUCUUCUCUCUCAUAAAACAUUAUCCUCAAUUGCUUGUUGUCCGGCAUCAAUUUUGGUAUCAGAGCCAGAUUAAAUUGUUUUCCAAAACAAUCGAGUGGUCACUAUCGUGUUCAAACAACGACUCCAAUGCUAGAACAAUUUUGUUCCACCCUUGCACCAUCUUCAUUUUAGGCGACCGCAAGGCGUUUCAUGAACCACACAAAACCAACUGAACACUCUCACAAAAAAUCACACACAACCUUACCACCCACCGGAAACCACAGCAACACCCAAUCACCGGCGUAAAAAAAAAAAAAAAAAAAAAGAAAGAAAGAAAGAAAGAAACCCAAAUAGAAAACCAGUCAGACAUAUCCCAAACAAAACCACUGCCCCUCCACCCAACCACAGUUGCUAUCCCAUCCCAUGCCAAGCCCAUCACCCCAACACCUAAACCCACCCGAGCCAUAGCCAACGACUGGGAUAGAACCCAUCGCACGACCUGUGCCAUCCACGCACCCGACAUCCUGUACGCGCUAACGACCACAGAGCCACUGUGCAGUCACUUGCCGUCCGACCACUGCCCAGAUGGUACCAUGACAACCACCUACUCUUUGCAAAGCAGCUGCAAACAGUAUAGAAAUGUUCUGUAGCGCCGCCACAACAGUCUUGCCAACGUUCUUGCUGCUGCCAUAGUCCCUGUCGGAGGUCGCGCCCACGAGCUGAACCUGCUCCGCGCCACUUGCAAGCCCGCAACUUGUUUCUGUUAAUUUUUUUGAAGGCUCGUGUUUUGUGAUUGAGAAGGAACAAACAAAAAGAAGCUUUGUGUUGGUCAGCGGGUCAACGCAAGGAAGUAUAAAAGAGGCAGACAUGCGCACUUAUUAUUUGUCUGCAGACCAAAUUGUGUGUUGGUUUUAAUUUGCAUGCAUUUGCGCAGUGGUCGUUUAUUGCCAAAUUUUGCAUCUCAAUCUGUCAUGGACCUGACCCAAUUCGACACUAUUAGCAAACAAUGCAAAAACAAUUGAAUGCCAUCCAUGACCGACUGGAAAAUCUCCACUACCAAAUGAGAGUCUCCCAAGACCAGACAAAAGACCUCUUUGGGAGGGUUGAGUCAUUUGAGGCUUCCCAAUCAAAGGAUGGAAGGCCACAAUGAGGGUGUGACCUCCCACAAUGGAGGCCAUUGCAAGACAGGUGAGGGCAGGAUACCUCACAGGCGUAUCCUUCAGGACCAAGGUCAUGAUACAAGACAUGGGUACCACCAUUGUCACCCCAAUUAAGGUCAUCCAAACCAGUACCAUCAGAGUAUGGGGCAUGGUCAUUACAACCAAGGUCAACAAAAUUAUGUAGACCCGGAUGAGAGUUGGACAUAUCAAACUGGAGGCCCCUACCUUUUACAGUCGUCUUGACCCAUGGAGUUUCAUUAAGUGGCUGUGUGACAUGGACCAUUUUUUUUUUUUUGAAUGGUACAAUUUAUCAGAUAAUAUGAGGGUCAAGUUUGCUAAGAUGAAACUCAUUGGGAGUGCUCAUCUUUUUUGGGAGAGUGUUGAGGAACUCCUCAUUAGGAGGAAUGAGCCUCCUAUCACUGAUUGGGUUGAAAUGAAGCUUAAACUUUAAUACUUACCUUGGUCAUAUCGAUGUAACCUUUUGGACUAAUGGAACAAUUUGAGGCAAGGAAAUAGAACUGUCACUAACUAUGUUGCACAAUUUGAUGUGCAUAAGAUGAAAUGUGCUCUAGUCGAGGAUGAAGCUAUAACCUUGAGUAGGUUUAGGAGGGGCCUCAAUGACGACCUUGGGAGGGAACUUGUUCUCCAAGGUAUUAUCACCCUUGAUCAAGCGUAUAUUUUAGUCCAGGAUUAUUAGUUGGCCACCAAAACCCAAUUUAUGAGGCACACUGACACCGGAAACACAAUCACCAAGUCUCUGCCUUUGGGUAGUAAUUCCUUGUUAGGACCUCCUCCUUUGAAACCCAAUUUUAAUGGUUCUCCGCUUGUUAGGGAUGGCAAAGGUAAGGGAGUAACUAGUGAAAUCCACAAGAUGCAUUUUAGGGUUUGAUAUGGUCAGAUUUCUUAAGGCUACGUGGCAGUACCGUAGCCCUCAAGAAGCCGGCUGUGCAGAAACCCGCAGAGAAUAAGUAGUAGUAUAUCUCCAUAUUUACUUUCCCUAAAUGUUAUAACUAAUAAGGAAUGUAUUUCUACUAGUUUAUUUCUUUCCUAGUUAAUUUUCCUGCGUGAUGUAAUGAUGGCUAAACCUAAUGGUUAUGUCUUAUAACCUAGCCAUCUCCUAUUUAAGUAUAACCCUAAUGAAUAAAAUAUCAUGCUUGAAUAUUUAUCAAACCUAGAACCUUUGUUGGUAUUUUGAAGGUCACGACUCCUUCGAAGUAGUCAUUGGAGAUCACAGCUCUCUUGAAGUAGCCCAUAUCCAUUUUUCAUUGUUCUUUUUACUAUUUGAUUGCAUCAAGUGGUAUCAGAGCAAGGUUGAUUGUUUUCUACAACAAUCUCCGAUCCACACCAUCACCAUGUCUUUCCAAAUUUUCUUGAAUGAAGAGCAACAAGCAAGGCUAGAAAAGAUGCGGUCAGAAUUCCUCCCGUGGAAAGAUGAAUCUAGCAAACGGAUGGAGGAGCACAUGAGAAGAAUUAAAAGUUUUUCUCCACCCCGCACCUCUCCAGCAAGCCAAUCCUUGCCCAUAACACCUACCUCACCGGUUGCCUCCGUCAGAAAAAAGAGAAAGAAAAGAGCGGUUGAAGCAACAAAAAUCCAUCCACACCGGUGUCCCACCAAACCACCGUUGACCGGCCGUAAAUUUAGAAGGCAUUGUACCCAACCUUCCAAACGCGCCGUCAUCAACUCACGCCGCGCCUCCAUGCCUUUGGGAGUCACUCAUGUUCACGGUGGUGCGAGAGAGAUAAAGAAGAGAGCUUUUGUUUGGUUUUGGUUCUACAAGAAAGAGACAAGAACUAGAAACAAGAAAGCCAAGGUGAUUCCGCAAUUAUCUUAUCCAAUUGCAUUAUUUUCAUAUUACAAUCCAAUUCUCAAGCAUGGUAUUGAAAAGUUCAUGUUCACUAUAAAAAUGUUGGAAUACAAGGCUUGUGGUGCCAGAUGUCUCCCUAGAGGAGACUGAAAUUCUGAGAAAGGAAGCAACAAGGAAUGGGAUUGAAUUGGUACUGCUCACAACACCCACUACUCCAAUCAAUCAAAUGAAAGCAAUUGUUGAAGCUGCAGAAGGAUUUGCAUACCUCGUAAGCUCGGUUGGGGUCACUGGUGCCUGGGCAUCCGUGAGUAAUUGGGUUCAAACUCUUCUUCAGGAAAUUAAAGAGGCAACAACCAAGCCUGUAGCCGUUGGCUUUGGCAUAUCGAACCUUGAGCAUGUGAAACAGGUAGCGGGAUGGGGAGCUGAUGGGGUGAAUUCUGCAAAACCUGAACUGAAACAGAAUGGGAAAGAGAAAGAAGAAGAGAUGGAGCAAAGGAAAGAAGAAGAGAUGGAGCAAAGGGUGGAAGAAUUCUUGAGGGUUACUUGCUGUGCCUUUGUAGUCACAGGCUAUGGGUUGACAGAAACUUGUGCACCAACUACUCUUGGCUUUCCUGAUGAGAUGUGCAUGAUUGGUACGGUUGGUCCUGUUGGUGUGUACAAUGAGCUGUGCCUGGAGGAGGUUUCGGAGAUGGGUUACAAUCCACUUGAAGAGCCGCCGUGUGGUGAGGUAUGUGUGAGAGGGAAGACUGUUUUUGCCGCAUACCACAAAAAUCCUGAAUUAACAACAGAAUCCAUUAAAGAUGGCUGGUUUCACAUAGGGGACAUAGGGGAAGAUCAAGAUUUGGUCAAGGCUCAAUUUCCAAAGUUCUUCCUUGGGGACAAGGAAGUUGUUAGGGGGGAGGGAUGAUAUGGUCAGAUUUCCUAAGGCUGAUGUGGCACUACCGUAGCCACCAAGUAGCCCCAAGCCGGCGUGAAUAAGGAGUAUAAUUCUCCAUAUUUCUUUCCCUAAAUGUUUUAGCUAAUAAGGAAUGUAUUUUCUAUUAGUUUAGUUCUUUCCUAGUUAUUUUUCCUGCAUGAUAUAAUGACGGCUAGACCUAAUAAUUAUGUCUUAUGACCUAGUCGUCUUCUAUAUAAGUAUAACCCUAAUGAAUAAAAUAUCAUGCUUGAAUAUUUAUCAAACUUAGAACCUUUGUUGGUAUCUUGGAGGUCACGGCUCCCUUGAAGUAGCCAUUGGAGAUCAUGGCUCUUUCGAAGUAGCCCAUAUCCCGUUUUCUUUGUUCUUUUACUAUUUAAUUGCAUCAGGGUUCAAUGCUUUAAGUGUCAUGGUUUCGGUCAUGUUGCCUCUAACUGUGCCAACAAGGCCCUUGGCGUUGAUGGGAAAGAGUGUGAGUGAAGAAGAGGGCGUUGAAAAACUGAUCUAUGAGCCUAACCUUGAUGAGUUCAGGGACUUAGAUGAUGAUUGCUCAGGAGAUCCUAACCAUCUAGGUUGCAUUCGAGCUACCUCAUUUCAGAUAGGUUAACAAGAGAGUGGCCUUGAAAUACCCAGAGCAGGUGUAGUAAGGUGUACGCAUGACAACCUAGAGAGAUUUUUGUGGUCUCUUAAGAGGAGCCAAAGAAAGAGAUAGGUUCUGGACUUUCAGAUGCCCCUAAGGUUGUCAGUUCUCUGGUCUUCCCAACCUACCUUAUGAUCACAUCAAUAGGUCAAUAGGCGCGAGUCCAUUUGAAGUUGUUAAUUGUUAUAAGCCUAGAAGACCUUUAGAUCUUCUCUUGAUGUCCCUGCAUGUUAGAGUUCCUGAGUUAGCCGAUGCAUUUGCAUGACAUUUUUAUGACUUGCAUAAUGAAAUCAGUAAACAAAUUCAAGCAACUAAUGCACAAUAUAAAAAUGCAACUGAGAUUUGUGCAGACGUCUCAUUGACUUUCAUUUAGGGGAUUAUGUCAUGGUCCAGAUUAGAUCCGAACGGUCUCCACUUGGAUCCGUUUGAAAAUUGCAAGCUCGUAGUGCCGGGCUUUUCAAAGUGUUGCAGUGGGUUGGACCAAAAGUGUAUGUCAUGAUGUUCCACCUGACCCUGGUAUUAGCUCCAGAGUUAAUAUAUAGAGGAUCUAGUUGCUUAUACAGGCCCCACUGUUUCCUAGAUGAUCCUUUCAAGGAGCCUUCCCCUGCCCCUAGUACCAAUCCUCCUGAUCCCAUACAACCAUCCUUUCCACCAAUGCAUAAAGAAACUGUAGAAUUUCAGAGUAUAUUGGCUUUCAAGCUUGCUCAUCUAGUGAGCGUGUAUGAGAUUAUAUAUAGAACAUACAAAGUAGUAUUGUUUACAUGAUAAGCCUUAGCUUAUAGUAUUCUAAUCUAACUCAAACUCUUAGAUAGAAAUCUAGUUACAAAUAAAUCGUAUUCUAAUCUAACACAAACUCUUAGAUAGAAAUCUAAUUA